AGAGAGAGAGAGAGAGAGAGAGAGAGAGAGAGAGAGAGAGAGAGACGCGACCAGCCGAGGUGCUCGUGGCGAUUGUAGCCGCCUUCCUUCGUGCACCAUCGAAGGUGGGCGCGCUCACGGCGCGUUCAUGUUAGGAGGCGACGGUGUGGGGCGAGCGGAAGAUUUCAAGCAGCCAGGCCCGCUCCUCUCUCAUUGGCUGGCGGCGUGUAGGGACGUCAAGGUGGUGCGGGGAGCUGCAUGAACUCGUUGCCAUGGGGCGCACCCGCUCCUCUCCCCGGCGGUCCUCGGAAGAGCAAGCGCUGCUCCGAUGCGGUGGCACCGCUGUGCAUGGAGGACCUGGUGGCCAACAGGUGCGCCUCCACAGCUACCGCAACGCAGAGGUGAGGGAGCGGCCUCGAUGGCGCCCGUCUUCGUCUUCGUCGAUGUCUGUAGGGGCCGCUGCCGUCAUCCCCAUCGCCUGCCUCCGAGGAGCAUGCAGGUGGCUGCCGCGGGAGGAGGCUCGGCUCAAUGGCGGCACGGGAGAAGGCGGGGCUCGACGAGGGGGCGAGGAGGAGGUCUUUCUCGACGAUGGGCAUGGGGAGAAGGCCGGGGAUCGGCGUCGCCAUUGUUAGCACAACAGGAUUUCUUCAGUGUGCUCUCUACUGAAGCUUUUUCUGUUCCAUUUUUUUCAUCAGUUGAUUCGAGCAAUCAACAUGGAAUUCUUUCAUCAGUUGAUU